CAGGCAGCAGCAGCAGCAGCCUGAGGAAGGAAAGGAACGAGAAAACGAAAGGCAGGCAGGAGGCCGUGCAAUUCCCCCGCCCUUGCCGGGGCCGAGUCACGGAGCCCAUGUGACAGGGGAACUCCAGUCAGCUGCCUCAUCCACACCCGGGGUAGCUUUGCUGUCCGGCGACUGGAACAGGGCCUGCUGGAGGGGGGCUGCGCAGAAGGAUGAGGGUCGGUUGCCUCCGGGGGCUGCUGUUGCUGCUGUUAGUGGCUGGGAUGCCGGUCUCCUUUGCAGGAUUCCAGCUGCAGCAGCAGCAGCACAAGUGGCCUGUGCCUUACAGGCGUUUUGAUUACCGUCCGAAAACAGAUCCCUAUUGUCAAGCUCGUUACACUUUCUGUCCUACUGGCGGUCCCAUUCCAGUAAUGAAGGAUGAGGAUGUCAUUGAAGUCUAUCGAUUACAGGCUCCAGUGUGGGAAUUCAAAUACGGGGAUCUGCUUGGACAUUUGAAUAUAAUGCAUGAUGCUAUUGGCUUCAAGAGCUCUUUAACUGGCAAAAACUACACAAUGGAAUGGUAUGAACUCUUUCAGCUUGGGAACUGCACAUUUCCACAUCUUCGGCCUGACAUGGAUGCACCAUUUUGGUGUAAUCAAGGAGCGGCCUGUUUUUAUGAAGGAAUAGAUGAUUUACACUGGAAGGAAAAUGGGACCUUGGUUCUGGUGACCACUAUCUCAGGAACAAUAUUUAAUCAAAUGGCAAAAUGGGUAAAAUAUGACAACGAAACUGGCAUAUACUAUGAGACCUGGACAGUUCAGUCAAGUCCGGACAAGCAUGCAGUAGUGUGGUUUGAAGCCUAUGAAUGCUCAAAAUUUAUAUUAAGGACAUACCAGAAGUUGGCAGACUUAGGGGCUGUAUUUAGUAAAAUACAAACAAAUUACACCAGCAUUAUUUUGUUUAGUGGAGAACCUAUUUAUUUGGGGAAUGAAACAAAUAUUUUUGGACCUCCAGGAAACAAGACAGUGGCUGCAGCUGUAAGAGCUUUCUUCUCUCCAUUCAAGCCUCCUCAGUCUAUUAAAGAGUUCUUCUUUAAUGUCUUAAAAAUAGUAGAUCAAGUGGUCUUGAACCACCAGUUUUACCUCUUUUACAACUUAGAAUACUGGCUUUUACCUAUGAAGUUCCCUUACAUCAAAAUAACUUACGAAGAGAUCCCUUUACCUAAUAUAGACAAUACAUAGGUUAGUUUGUAAUUAUUACGUUAGUAUAAAAAAUGUCCUCUCUCCAAUGUGUCCCUAAGGAUGCUCAUGUUAUACUGGUAAGAUUAUUGCAGAUCUGGCAGCUGCAUUAUACUGUGUUUGCAGUGGGAAAGCUUUUUUGGCUGUAGGUUGUAUGGAUAUACACUGACUGUUUUGUCCUGCCUUUGGCGAAGAUAGAGACCCCUUUCUUAAUAGCUGCAUUACAGCCCCAGAAUUUUCUAGGGGUUUGGACCCAUCAUUGGUUACAAUGUUGCCAAUCUUUACCUGCUUCUUCUUAAAGAAGCGAGUCUUCAAGAGCUAGUUAUCAGUAGAUACAGGGGCUUGCUAGCUUGACUCCAUCAUACCUGUUGGAACACUAUACAUUUCAUAUUUGAAAGGAUGGAACUGGGACCAGUUGGUCUGAAAGAUAUGGGAAUGAGUUGAGAACUGUUGGUAGAUUUUAUCUGUCAUGCUGAUGACUCCUUUGUGAUGGUUAUGUUUGCUUUGUCUUUGGAUAGUCUGACAGCCUAACUAGAAUUGCUAAAGAAAGUAUAGAUAAGGCUGGCUCCCCUUCAGCUCCAACAUAAGUCUUUUACACAAAUGAAAGGAGGAUUGGAACUGACUAGCUAAAACCAAUCAUGAUAGGGCUCAUAUGCUGGAUGGAGUCAGGAGAGUCCGUAGCCCGACCACUUUUGGCAAGGCCAAAUGAGAGUGGCCAGGUCACAACUCUACACACACAUUUGGCCCAGCUUCCCCUCUGUCAUCAUGGAAAGGAGGGACUGGACCUUAUCUAAAUGGCAGUCACCUUACACACAAAUUCUCAAUUUACUCAGAUUGGACUGGUGAGUAUAACACAGGGCUACUCAACACAUGGCCCAUGGGCUGCAUGCAGCCCACAGCUCAUUUGUUUGUAGCCCGCAGGUGGGAGCCAAAACAAAAAAAGUCAAUAUAAUGGUCUUCUAUUAAUAUGCAUUUUAGU